AUGCCCCCGCGCCAUUCCCCCACGACCCCACCCCCCUGCCCCACGACCCCGCCCUGUCUCCCACGCCCCCGCCCGCCCGCGCGAGAAAACAGGAAGGGGCCCGCGGCGGCGGCGGCGCUGGAAGGAAACGCAGGAAGCGGCGGCGGGUGCGGCGCUUAUCUCGGGCCCCAGCCGGACCCCUGGCCUCACGCCCCGCGCCGGCCGGGCAGGGGACGUGGGGGCGGCCGGAGGACAGGCCUGCUCACCUGGCGGGGGGCCCUGGCCGCCUUACCACCGAGCCACAACUGUCACAACUGGGCCAUGGAGGGAGGCGACAGGACUUCACUGGGCCAGGCUGUGCCCCUCCAGCCCGGGGACCCAGGGGCCGGUGUCCAACCGCAGGACGCCCCACCUCCCCACAACGCACACUGGCCCGCCCCGCCCCCAGGCCCUGACCACCCUGUUUCCCCCCUUACAAGGACUCGCUUUGCCCUGCAGCGCCAGAUGCAGGGUCCGGCCGACUCACGUCCUGUCCCAGAGCCCUGGCUCCGCGAACGCGGAGAUGUGUCUGUUCAGGGCCUGGCAUGGCGGGCACCUGUCUUUCCCACAACCUCCCACCGCCUCCUGGUGCUCAGCUGGGCUGGGGUGGCGGCCAGUCGAGGAGGGGACACGGGGGAGGUGCCGCUGGGGCCCAUGACCCCCCUGAAACUGGGGUUUGUUGGGAACUGCCUCAGGCGUGGGCGGACGGAAGGGCUGCCCAUUGCCCGCUCACCACGGCAGCAAGGAGUGCUGUGGGUGGGCAGCAGCCAUGACGGCCCAGAGGCCACGCCCAGGCGCCCUUAG